CUCGUUGUUACACGGGAAGCAGAGUCAGGAUAGCUUCUCUAGCUAGUUGUGAAUUGUUUGGUUCCCUGAGCAGCUCGGAGUCUUUAUAAUAGAAGUCUAUUUAUUCUUCAACAUGCUGAUCAAAGUGAAGACCCUGACUGGAAAGGAAAUAGAGAUCGACAUUGAGCCCACAGACAAGGUGGAGCGAAUUAAAGAGCGCGUGGAAGAGAAGGAAGGGAUCCCUCCGCAGCAACAGAGGCUCAUCUACAGUGGAAAACAGAUGAAUGAUGAGAAGACCGCUGCAGACUACAAGAUCCAGGGUGGCUCUGUGCUCCAUCUUGUGCUGGCGUUAAGAGGAGGAUGGAGGCCUCAGAGCUGCAGCACGCAGCUCGCCUCCUCGUCAUGAGUUGCUGCUGACACGGGACCAGCUGAGUGCCAACACUUAGAUGUUUGUGACUGUGUUGCAGCAGAAUAAUUAGGCUAAUGCAACCAAGAAAAAAGAAUGGCCCCACCAGAGAAAGGACAUUAUAUUUCAUUUGUAGAGUUUUUUUUGUUGUUGUAAGCCCUAACUGGCCUUUUCAGUCUGAGCA